UUGUCUCUGGCUUCACACCUGACUGCUGUUAGGUGACUGGUUUCCAUUUUCGCAGAGAGGCGGACUGUACAACAACAUGGAGCCGGAGAUGGAGGACAAAACCCUGGAGCUGAUGUGCUCUUUGCCUCGCUCUCUUUGGCUGGGUUGUUCCUCGGUGGCAGAGAGCCUAUGUGCUCUCAGGUGCCUGCAGAGCCUCCCCACCUCCCGGGCCCACAACCAGAACCUAACUGUGAUGGAGUCGCAGAAUCUCACUGACGACCUCUCGCCAAAGAAGACGACAGUUUUUAAGCUGGGAAAUGGUACUCUGUCUGGCUCGAGGAAACGUCUGUCACGUGCCACCUUUGAGAAGGAGAAGGAGAUGUGUAUCCAGAUGUUCGAGCAGUGGUCCGAGGCUGAUCAGGUGGAAUUUGUGGAGCAUCUCAUCUCACGCAUGUGCCAUUACCAGCAUGGCCACAUCAAUUCUUACCUCAAACCCAUGCUACAGAGAGACUUUAUAACAGCCUUGCCAGCGCGGGGUCUGGAGCACAUAGCGGAGAACAUCCUGUCCUUUCUGGAUGCCCGCUCUCUGUGCGCGGCUGAGCUGGUGUGUCGCGAGUGGCACCGGGUCAUCUCCGAGGGCAUGCUGUGGAAGAAGCUCAUUGAGAGGAUGGUGCGCACUGAUCCACUGUGGAAAGGCCUGUCUGAAAGACAUCAGUGGGAGAAGUACUUGUUCAAGAACCGCACAAAUGAAGUCCCACCCAACUCGUACUAUCACUCACUCUACCCUAAAAUUAUACAGGACAUCGAGACGAUUGAGGCCAACUGGCGCUGCGGCAGACACAACCUGCAGAGGAUCCAGUGCAGAUCAGAAAACAGCAAAGGGGUUUACUGCCUACAGUACGACGAUGACAAGAUCAUCAGCGGCCUCCGAGACAACUCCAUUAAGAUCUGGGAUAAGCACACUCUGGAGUGUCUGAAGAUUCUGACCGGUCACACUGGUUCAGUUUUGUGUCUGCAGUAUGAUGAGAGGGUAAUAGUGACUGGUUCCUCAGACGCUACUGUCAGGGUUUGGGAUGCGAAUUCCGGUGAGGUUCUGAACACUCUGAUCCACCACAACGAGGCGGUCCUUCACCUGCGUUUCUGUAAUGGCCUGAUGGUGACGUGCUCUAAGGAUCGCUCCAUCGCAGUGUGGGACAUGGCCUCUGCCACUGACAUCAGCCUGCGUCGCGUUCUCGUGGGCCACAGGGCCGCCGUCAACGUCGUCGACUUCGAUGACAAAUACAUCGUCUCCGCCUCGGGAGACAGAACUAUAAAAGUGUGGAGCACUAGUACCUGUGAAUUUGUCCGAACACUAAAUGGACACAAGAGAGGUAUUGCCUGCCUCCAGUACAGAGACAGACUGGUGGUCAGCGGCUCCUCGGACAACACCAUACGAUUGUGGGAUAUUGAGUGCGGGGCAUGUCUGCGAGUGUUGGAAGGCCAUGAGGAACUUGUUCGUUGUAUUCGGUUUGACAACAAGAGGAUCGUCAGUGGAGCAUAUGACGGCAAGAUUAAGGUGUGGGAUCUGCAGGCUGCUUUGGACCCUCGUGCUCCAGCCAGCACUCUCUGUCUGCGCACGCUAGUGGAGCACUCUGGCCGUGUGUUCCGGCUACAGUUUGAUGAGUUCCAGAUCAUCAGCAGUUCCCAUGACGACACAAUCCUUAUAUGGGACUUCUUGAAUGUCUCCCCCAACGGACAGCCAGACGGAGUCCCACAUGCAGCCAGAUCGCCCUCGCGCACCUACACGUACAUCUCCAGAUAGCGGGUACCUUUGAUGUGUGCCAGUGUGUCCUGGGAUAGCUGAGAGCUGAUUGGCUAUGGGAUUUGUCUAUCCCUGAAAAGAGUGAAAGGAACUGCCUCCUUGUUUUCAUCUCUCCGGUCUGAUGGGAAGCUUCUCCAGUAACACUCAAGUUUGCCACAGCAACAUAUUCUCACACCAACUAUGAGUCGACAUGGAAACACCGUCUCUGUAAUACGAUAGCACACAGCACAAUUUUAACGGUUUUGCUCAGCAUUAACUCUAGUUUCACACUGCAAAUGGCAUUUAGAAGCUUGAAAUGAUGAUAUUUAUUGCCAGAGUAUUGCUAAGACGUUCUUAGAAUAUAAUCUAAGCUCUUUAUACCUUCACUAAGCCCCCACAAAAAUCCAUGUAUAUAUAAAACACUCUGUCAAUGGACGAUUUAACUUUCCCACUUCUCUUCUGAGACUGUUGAAUGGACAGACUGUCGUGUUGGAGAAAGAGAUUCUUAACAAACCUGCCAAGGAGAAUGGAGUACAUGGACUACGUGGACAGACUAGUGAAUUAUUUCUAUCUCUCUUUCUGUCUCUCUGGCCUUGGGCUAGACCAGAAACGCAUACUCUUUAAGCGUAGGAGAGUGACUGCUCUGCGUCGGCAGAACUGAGUUUGAAUUCUCCACCUCGUCUCGUUCUCAUCUCGAGGCUGAGGUGGGCGUUGUGCAUGUGAGACAGUGUGGAAUCCGUCCUCCUGGCUCUGCUUUUUAUUUCUUCUUUUUUGGUUCACUUUCAGAUUUUUUUAUUCCUUUUUUUUUUUUUUUUUUUAUUUGUGUACUCAUAUUUUCAUUGUAUUCUUAUGCUAGACAUUGUAGAGCUCUUUGUUCCACUCCAAUGGCAUUUGUGUUUCUCUCUCUCUGUCUCUCUCUCUCUCUGCUUGCUGUAUGAUAGUGUAUUCUAGUUGUAAGCCAAACUGUCGUGUCAAAGAUUGUUCUAUAUUAAAAUUAUUAUUUUUUAAGAAAAAUACAUUUAUUGUGAAUAAAGUACAAGACCAUGGUGA